GGUUUUGGUAAUAUCCUCAGUUAGUUGUUCCGAUAUGGUGAGUAGGGCAUUUAAGUGUGGUAGCUGCCCGUAGAAAAGUCCAAGAAAAAAGUAUCAAAAACGUUCAACACGGGUCCAAUAAUGGACGUCUGUUGAACGAUUCUUCAUUGAACGAUUUUGAAACCAACCGUUCUUAGGUGGUGGUAGCGGUCUAACUGUUCGAAACCACUCGAAUUAUGUGUAAUUGUUAUAAGAUUGUCUAACCGAAGGCGUUAUUUUCAGCUUACACCAGCCGACCUAUUAUCGGACAGCAUUGAGCUCGCGUUGACCAGCUGCCGGCUGCAGUUCCGGUGGGAUCGCUGGAACUGUCCGACUAUGCAGUUUGUUUCGAAACGUUACCCCGAUGCCCGGUUGGAUCGUGAAACGGCAUUUGUGCGAGCGUUAAGUACCGCCGCUCUGAUCUAUGGUUACGCGAGAAACUGUUCACGGGGAACCAACGAUACUGCCCAGUGUAGUGAUGAGCGUGAGUUGGACUUGGAAAGGGACGAUGUUAGUUUCCGACUCGAUGCCAAAGGGUACGCCAGUGUACACAAUCGUCGAGCUGGUUGGAUUGCGGUUCAGAAUACCGUCAGGAAGCACUGUCGGUGUCACGGGGUGUCCGGCUCCUGUGCUAUGCGAACCUGCUGGAGCACGAUGAAAACUUUUGCGGAAAUUGCAGCCGGAGUGAAGCGAAUGUACCGGGAUGCCGUGAGGCUGUUUGUUGAUAACUCCGGGAAGCUAAACAGUCGGAACAUUCGAGCCGAUCAGUUAGCAUAUGUUCAACCAUCACCGGAUUAUUGCCAGCGUAAUGUGAUUCCAGGGUGGCCAGGAAUGGUCAAUCGUCAGUGUUCGAUGGCUAGGGGAGUGGGUGUUAGCAUUGACGAACGUAAAUCCUGCCGGAAUCUUUGUCGCUAUUGUGGAUUGAAGAGAGCCUUCUACAUGAAACGGGAGCUCAAAGCAAACAUAAAUACGCCUACAGAUAGGCAAUGCUGA